AUGGCGACCAUCCAGGCCAUCGAGGCUCGUUCGGUCCACCAAAUCCAAUCCGGCCAGGUCAUCAUCGACUUGUGCUCCGUUGCCAAAGAGUUGGUCGAGAACAGCCUCGAUGCAGGCGCAACCACGAUCGGUGAGCAUCCCCUCAGAACACAACGAAACUCGGCCCCUUCCUUUCUUCUUCAUCUAUCUGACUGUAUUUAUUCUUCAGAGGUGCGGUUCAAGAACAACGGGCUGGACUUGAUCGAGGUACAGGACAACGGGAGCGGUAUCUCACCGGAGAACUAUGAGAACGUCGCGCUAAAGCAUUACACCUCUAAACUAUCCUCCUUCGACGACCUCUCGAGCCUCCACACCUUCGGCUUCCGCGGCGAAGCACUUUCGUCACUAUGCGCCCUCGCCGAGUUCCACGUCGUCACAGCCCAAGCUAACCAGGUCCCCCGCGCCAAUAGGCUGGACUUCGAGACCUCCGGGAAGCUCUGCAAGACCCAGAUCGUGGCUGGGCAGAAAGGAACCACCGCGUCAGUGGAGGGGAUCUUCAAGCGGCUCCCAGUGCGCCGGCGCGAGUUGGAGAAGAACAUCAAGCGGGAAUAUGGGAAGGUGCUGAACCUGCUUCAUGCGUAUGCUUGCAUCAGUGCUGGGGUCAAGUUCAGCGUCCGAAAUACCAUUAGCAAGACAAAGAAUGUGGUCGUCUUCUCUACAAAUGGAAACCGCACCACGAAGGAAAACAUUGCCAAUGUUUACGGUGCAAAGACACUGCCUGCGCUAAUUCCGCUCGAUCUCAAGCUGGAUUUUGAGCCUUCCGCUCCCUUAAAACGUGUUGGCAGCGAUGGAAAACCUAAUCAGAUCGUCGUCAGAGGUUACAUUUCACGUCCUGUCUUCGGGGAAGGGCGCCAAACGCCCGACCGACAGAUGUUCUUUGUGAAUUCGCGGCCGUGUGGACUGCCACAGAUAGCGAAGGCAUUUAACGAGGUAUAUAAGUCAUUUAAUGCCUUGCAGUCGCCCUUUGUCUUUGCGGACUUCCAGAUGGACACGAAUGCUUAUGAUGUGAAUGUGUCGCCGGAUAAGCGGACCAUUCUACUGCAUGAUGCAGCGGCUCUGAUUGAGUCACUGAAGACCUCUCUUGCGCAACUCUUUGAAGCUGCGGAUCAGAGAGUGCCUCAGUCGCUUGUGCUUGGAUCUAAGGCUCCGGUAGCUAAGCAGCGGGAACUGGGGUCGCUUCCCGGGUUCACUACUGCUCGGCAAGUUAGUCAAAGUACUCCUGGAUCUACUGCCACUUCAGAUCGAGACCAGACCGUCGAUGAGUCUGAACCAGAACCGGACACCUCACGCCAGACAGUACACGAUAGUAUCAAGCGCUUUAUGAGCACACGAAGCAAGUCCAACCAAGUGGAUGUUCCGUCAACUCCUCCUAAAUCUACAGGAACGCCCCGGCAGUCUCCAGUCCCAUCUCUAGCUGCCGCGUCUCCUGGGCCGCACUUGGAGCCCUCUGCCUUUGCCGAGCCCAGAGGCGGGGAUCAAGGUGAUGAUGAGCAACAGUCCCAAAAUGAGAUGGUUGAAGAACCCCAUCGUAUCUCUCCAGGACCGUCCUCACAGCCAACAGAACUGGAGCCAACACCAUUCCAGCAGCCAGACGAGCCCAAGGAAACACCUAAUGUAGUUCAAAGCGCAUUUGACCGUAUGCGCCCCCGUCGGAUGCCAGUUGAGACGGCCACGAUCACCAUCGGCGAUCACACAGUGACAUCCAUGGUUGGCAGUGCUCCUCCACGCAAGCGAACGUCUAGCUUCGGGCCUUCAUCCAGAGAGCCACUGCAGCGCAAGCGACGGAUCCAUACGCCGUCCAGGCCUAAUAUAUUUGGAAAGCAUAUACAGGCCUUUGCAGCGCCUGGGACGCAGAUGAAGGACGGUGAGGAAGAAGCGGCUGAAGAUGCUGCAAGCGAGGUUGAUGAAGAUGACUACAUUGACGAAGAGGUUGAGGAGGCCCAGGAGGGCGAGGGGGAGGAGGAAGAGGCAGACGAGGUUUCCUCUCCAGAACCCGAAGAUAACGACUACGUGCCUGAAAAAGAUCAUGAAUAUCCUGGCCAGGAGGCUGAUGGUGAUCAAGGGUCGGCUAAAGAAGCAGAAACCAUAGAGACAGACCAAGAUGUUCUUGAUGAAGCCGAGAAAAAAGCCCAAGAAGAGGCAGUCGUCCAACGUCUUAUUGACGAAGCCGAAGAAAACGCAGUACUUCCCUCCGAGCACAACACCAGCCGAGUGAAUAAACUGAGCAAGGGUGCCGCACAUCGUGACGCCACGUUCCAGCUCGUCAGUACCAUUGAUGCCUCGGUCACCAAACUCCAGGCGCAAAUGGCGAAGCUGCGGGACAGUCUCCAGGCACAAAGUCUAUCAAGCGGAAAGAAAGAUACGGAUCUCGCCGAUGAGAGAACCGCCGAAGAUCGCCUCUCACUUACCGUCAGCAAGGGAGAUUUUGCGCAGAUGCGCAUCAUCGGCCAAUUCAACCUGGGCUUCAUCAUCGCCGUCCGGCCUGGCCAAGACCACGACGAGCUCUUCAUCAUCGACCAGCACGCCGCAGACGAGAAAUUCAACUUCGAGCGUCUCCAAGCCGAAACCGUCGUCCAGAAUCAGCGGCUUGUCCGCCCUCAGCGGCUCGACCUCACCGCGGUGGAAGAGGAGAUCGUGCUCGAGAAUCGCACCGCCCUCGAGAAGAAUGGCUUCGUUAUCACUGUCGACGAGAGCGGCGACGAGCCCAUCGGCCGCCGGUGCCAGCUUGUUUCUCUGCCGCUCAGCAAGGAAGUCGUCUUCGGCUUACGCGAUCUGGAGGAGCUCAUUGUCCUCCUGUCCGAGGCCCCGGUAGUCAAUGGGAUCUCAGUGCCCCGGCCCAGCAAGGUGCGCAAGAUGUUUGCCAUGCGCGCGUGCCGGUCGAGUAUCAUGAUCGGGAAGACUUUGACGACGCGGCAGAUGCAGCGGGUUAUUCGAAAUAUGGGGACAAUCGAUAAGCCCUGGAAUUGUCCGCAUGGGCGGCCGACAAUGCGUCACUUGAUGAGUCUGGGGCAGUGGGAUGAGUGGGAUGAGUAUGCUGGAGGUGAGGAGGGCGAAGGAGAGAUACCGCCUGGGUUGGAUUUGUGGAGGAAGUAUGUGGAGGAGGAGGAAGUUGGAGAGGAGGAUGCAGCAUAA